UCUCAUUUUGAACGUGUCUCGUAGAAAAUGGUUGCGGAGAAGUACGACAAGGCCGACCCUGAGUUGAAACUGGAAUUGAAGACGAUCGCCCAGCAGAUCGUGGCACCCGGAAAGGGAAUCCUAGCCGCCGAUGAAUCGACCACGACGAUUGGCAAACGUCUGAAGGACAUCAACGUCGAGAACACCGAGGAAAAUCGUAAAGCGUACAGGCAGCUUCUUUUCACCACUGCUAAGGAUGUUAUCAGCCAGCAUAUCUCCGGCGUGAUCCUGUUCCACGAGACUCUGUACCAGAAAGCCGAGGACGGGACACCGUUCGUAGAGUUGCUGAAGCAGCGUGGCAUUCUGCCAGGCAUCAAGGUGGACAAGGGAGUCGUUCCACUGUUCGGCACCGACGACGAGUGCACCACCCAGGGUCUCGACGAUCUCCAGGCUCGUUGCAUCCAGUACAAGAAGGACGGAUGCCAGUUCGCCAAAUGGAGGUGCGUGUUGAAGAUCAAGAAGGACUGUCCUAGCAAGCUGGCCAUUCUGGAGAACGCCAACGUGUUGGCUCGUUAUGCUUCCAUCUGCCAGAGCGCCAGGAUCGUGCCGAUCGUCGAGCCGGAAAUCUUGCCCGACGGUGACCACGAUCUCGCCCGAUGCCAGCAGGUCACGGAGGAGGUUCUCGCCGCCGUGUACAAGGUAACAGUCUUCCUGGCAAUUUAACGCUUCACC